UGUCAGCAAAAUACGGUCUAGAUUUUCAGUACAAUAAUGGUUUGGACAGUUAAAAAAGAAUGUCAUGUGUUUGUAUUGAAACAGUCAUGUAUUUAUACUUUAUUUUAAUGAAUAGCAACAUCAAACAGUGCGGGUCGACAUGAUUAAUAAUAAAAAAUCGAAAGAAUAGCAUCAUUGAGUGUACACAACGGGUAAAGUCCCACCCCAAGAAAAACGCAUCGAGGAAGUGGAGACCAGUGCCAGGUUUAAGGAGGCAGAGGCUCAGAUAUGGAAAGCAAACUACGACAACAUGCAAAGCCUGGUUCAGGUGACACAGCAGAGAUAUGGGUCAGUUUUUUGCCACAGCUGCUGUUAGAGCAGCAGACAAUUCUGGCAGAGAUUCAAUACGAGACGCGGCUGCCGACGGCAAUUACCCAGUUCAUGGCUGUUAUGUUUACGCUGGAGCAACGGGCCACAUGUUCCUUUAAAGGGGCGUCAACAAUAAUAGGAACGCCGAGGCCAGGACUUCCGAACACAGAGCGGAACGCGAUCCUUGCCAAUAAUCUCAAGGUGCCUGUACCACGUGAAUUUUUCGGCUAUGUGUGGGACAAUCGGAUGUCAACAAAACAUCGCUUCAGACUUGCCGAGGAUAACGCUUUUACGGUGCGAAGCUGUGUAAGAAUUACAUGAACACCAUCAAACCACACGGAAGGUGUUAUGCGGCAAGUUAAUUAUCAAAACCACAGUGAAAGAGACAGGGACCCAGCUACAUUAUGUGAUGUUUACGGAAAGCUAUUUCAACUAAUUAUAAAAACAUAUCAUUUAAUAUGUAUUUUGGCAUAAUUAAAAAAGUGUAUGUAUUGAUAUUUGUAUAUAUUUAUGGGUUUUGUAUCUAUGUUAUUGCUGAAAAUGAUUAGAUGAUUAUAAAAUCUGAGUAUGUAUGUUACUAAAACAAUUGUUUCAUUAAAAAAUAACAAUAUUAA